AUGUAAAAGUGGAGUGAAUAAAAGUUGGCUUUAAAAUUACUGAAUCAGUAACCUGAGAAACUAGAUUAGCCAUUUUAUCAAGGGAUAUAUAAUAAUCAUCACCAGGUGAAUGGGUAGAUAUAAUAUGAUUUGACUUAUGAUCCAGCUGAUAAGAGAUAUAAUAGAAAUUAUGAUGAAUUGGGUUUUGGAAUUAAAAAAAUGAAAUUAACAGAAGAUAUAAAUAUGAGAUAGUAACUUUAAUUGGAUGAGGCUAGCUAUCAGAAAGAUAUAUUUAGUGGAUAGAUUGACUAUAGUAAGGGUACAGCUAUUUGUCCUUUUAGGAAUUUUUAAAGCAAUGAUAAUUUGAACUCAGUACUGUAAUUGAUAUUUGCAACAUACCCAUUAACUCACUACAUGCUGAAUGAUUAUUACAAAAAUGACAUCAACGAUACUCAUUCAAGAUAUAAAGGAAGAAUGGUGAUUCCCUUUAUUAGAGAGGAUGUGGGAGUGCCAUAGAGCGAUCCCUUUGAGAUUAUGAGAUUUCUAAUUGAGUGCUUGCAUGAAGAUUUGAAUAGAAUAAAGAUAAAGCCACCAACUUAAAAUGAUAUUGAGAUCCCAAGGACAAUGUUAAACAACAUAAAUUUCAUUUCAGAUGAGUAUUGGACAUAUUUUAAGAAGAGGGAAGAUUCGAUUUUCACUGAUCUUUUUUCAGGCUAAAUGUAUAAUAAAUCAAAGUGCUUAAGCUGUCAAUAUGAAAAAGAGUUUUUUAAUGCUUAUAACGAUAUAACUCUAGAUGUGCCAUAGGAUUAAAACAAUGGUUAUCCAGAGGUAUACCUUUAUGAUUUACUAUACUUUCCGUUGGAAAAUUGUGAUUUGACUGUAGGCAGUAAAUAAUCAACUCAUCAAUCAAAAUUUUUAGCGAAUAAAUAUAAGCUAUAUGCUGUUCUUCAUCAUUCAGGAGAUUAGGCCACUGGGCAUUACUGGAAUGAGGUGCUGAACUUGAAUAAUCAGCUUUGGCAUAAGUGUGAUGACGCUUAGGUAUAGCACCGUUAUAAACACAAGGUCAAGAACUUAUCGAAUGCCAAUAUUGAUAUAAUCUCAGGUAUUACAGCAGGAGUAGUCUCAAACGUCAUUUCUUAUCCUCUCGAUACAAUUAAAAUAAGAGUGCAAUUAGCAAAAGGUGGAGAAUAACUAAGACUUUUACCUACUAUUCAUGACAUUUAUUAGAGAGAGGGUGGAAUGUUGUCUCCAGUAAUGGGAAGAGCACCUAUAUCAGCAGUAUUGUUUACUGCUCAAGGGUUUUCAAGGAGAUAAUUGCAAGAUAAAGACAUUAAUAUAAACUUAAAAAACUAUUUAUCAGGAUUCUUUGCAGGAUUAUGCUACACAAAUAUUGCAUUUGUGUUUGAUUUAUUAAAAACCAGAGCUUAAGUCAGCAAAUAUAAGACUAUGUCUUAUAGAGAAGAGAUAGCAGAUAUAUAUAAGAAUGAAGGGUUGAAAGGAUUUACAAGAGGAUACACUGGGAUGCUUCUGAGAGAUGCUCCAGGGUUUGGUCUAUACUUCUUCCUGUUUGAGCUAUUCAAGAGAUCUGCGAAUGUACCAACUCUAGAGAAAGAUCCUGAUCAUAGCAAGUUCAACGUUGGUUUUAGAAAAUUCAUGAGUGGAGGCAUUGCAGGGACUAUGACCUGGUUUGCUGUAUACCCUUGUGAUACUAUUAAGAGUAAAAUGCAAACUUAUGAAGGUAAAGAAAGGCUUAAGUUGAGAGUAGCUAUUCCUUCAAUUUUGAAUAAACAUGGAUUACCUAGACUUUACAGAGGAAUUCAUAUUUAGAUAUUGAGAGCAUUUCCCACAAGUGCAUCAAGUCUAUUGGUCUUUGAAUCAUUUAGAAAUUCUCUAAUUAAAAUCAGAGAUGAAGAAUGA